AGUAAGCCUCGCAAACCAAACCAAAGAACACAAGAACGAACCAACAACAAUAAUGUCAGAAUCCCAUGAAGCAAGGGUCGUAUGCUGCAUCGGUGACAUCCACGGUUUCAUUGACAAGCUACAAAACCUAUGGUCAAAUCUCGAAAACACCGUCGAACCAUCACAAUUCAAAACAGCCACUAUCAUCUUCUUAGGUGAUUACUGUGACAGAGGACCUCACACCCGCCAAGUAAUUGAUUUCCUUAUAGCAUUACCGACCCGUUACCCGAAUCAAAAACAUGUGUUCCUAGCUGGAAACCAUGACUUCGCCUUCGCCGCCUUCCUCCACCUCCUCCCACCACCCUACGACGGAUCAGAAUUUUCUGAAGGGUGGAAGGAAUUUAAGCAUUGCGAGGAGAGAGAAGGGUGGUUUAAUGGUGAUGGAUAUGAGAAGAUGCAUGUGCAAGGUAGAAGGUGGAGUGGGAGUAUAAAGACUAAAUUUAAUGUUUCCAAGGGUCGUGUGUAUCAAGGUUCUGUAAAUGAUGCUGGUCCCACUUUUCAGUCCUAUGGAGUUUCUCAUGGUUCCGCCGGAAAUGGAUGAAUUCUUUCCUCUCAAAACAAACAUGGAGAAAAUUUUGGAUGGUCAGAACAAUUUGGGUACAAUAUUUAGACUCACUUUUAUAUUUAAACAAAGAUACAAAAAGAAAUGAAUUAAAUAAUGUGUAUUUUAAUUAAAUGAUAUACGUAUGUGAGUGUGUGUCCAAAUAAUGCAUGGAAUCAUUGUGAUCAUAUAAGUACUUUCCUUUAACAUGAUAUAUAAAAAAAAAUGCAUAAAUUUAAAAUUGAUUCAAUUUCAAAGUGAAAGCUAUAAAUUGUUGCUUGUUCCCUGACCAAGACUGGUUCUCAUUAUAUAAUUCAAACCUCAAAAAAUCUGGUCAAGUAGCUUUUGACCACUACAAUCUCAAUAUUAGGACCAUUAACCAAAUAAAACACUUAAUCUUCCUUACAUUAGUGAAAAUGGCUUCUAAUGGAGAGCUAUCACAUUCUAAUAUGAUCUAUAGUGAGUGAAUGAAUGCUUGACAAUAUAGGCUGCUGCGUUUGAUUUUCAAGCAUAUGCCUAUUUAGACCAUAUGAGACACUUUUAUACCCACACAAUUGUCUUAUGGAAUAGGCUAACUUUUCUUUUUAGUCUUGCCAAAGCUGCACCAGUAGAAUUUGAUUCCAAAGAAAUAACAGUUUUAUUAAGAAAUAUGAUAGAAUAGGAGAAAAUCUCUCCUCAAGGGUUUCUCCUUCAUAAGAGAGAAUACUCUAUUCAAAAACUGCUCAAGAACUUAAGGGUUAUUAUGAUUCUUAUCCCCGAAAUAUCCUCCAGGAGACUUUCUCCUGUGUGCCCAUCCUCACGUGGAUCCCAGCAUAUACGGGUGCCAUGUAUCCGUGAGUUCGAGCUAAGGUCAAACCUUCAAAAACUCCCCUCAACUCAGCCACAAAAGGACUACAGGAGUCAAGGUUCUUUGAAAAUCCAUAUAUCAAGUGCCCCUCUUCAUUUCUACUAAAAAUCACUGUGAGUGUGAGGGUCAGGGUGGACAAGCUGCAGCCACACCCACACACCCUUUGCCUGAGGGCACUCUCUCAAAACAUGGAUGCUUGAUUCAGUCACGGUCCAGCAAUGUGAGCAAUAAGGAUUGCCAAGACUCAUUUUACUCUUUCGUUGAUUUAUCUGCAAUCUGUCAGGCAUAAGUAGCCAAAAAAAAUGUAUAUGGAUUGUUGCAUACAUAACUAUGACACUCUCUAAAGGAGCAAUCCAUUGUAUGCAGAUUUGGAUAAACAUGUAGCCUUUCACAUAGAUCUACAUCAAUGCAACAUCACUAAAAACUUGUAACACGUUAAGCUCGCAUUCCAUCAUGUCAAUAUCCUAUGAAGAUCGCGUAAAGUGAUGUAUGUCAUAACGGGGUUUGAAAUUUUAUACUCAUCCACGCCUCUUUUCCAAGAUAUUAAAAUGGAGUUGGAAAGUAUUUUUACCAAUGCCGAACUUCGUGCUAUUUUUCAUGGAUUGCAACUUAUCUGAGGAGAAGAUUCCCUCCAGUGAAAUUAUCUACAGUUUUCUCCAAUCAAAGAUCAAAACCAUUAAAUAUAUUAUCUCUUUUAAUUAUAACAUUUAAUUGCUUAUGUGUAUUUAUUAUUCAAUGGUUAGGAUUUCACUGGAUCCUCCAAUCACAGGAGAGGAUCCAUUCCCCUUACCUAGCACCAUGAAUUUAAAGACAUCAUUGUGAGUCGGACCUUUAAAUAGCUUUGACUUUUAUCAAGGACAAAGUCCCACCUCAAAGAUUGAAAUGUUGGUUGUGUUUGCUCAUAUUUUACAUGAAGGAAAUUCCUAAAGCGUGUUUGGAUGAGGUAAUUUGAAAAUUUUAAAGAAUUUAAAAUUCUAGGUAAUUUACCUCAAAGUAUUUGAAUUCCUUCAUAAUAUUACAUUUCAUCAAUAUUACAUUACAUUCCCCCAUCCAAACAAUGGAAUUCACAUCAAAGUAUUUGAAUUCCCUCAAAACAUUACAUUCCCUCAAAACAUUCCUCCAUCCAAACACACUCUUAUGCUUAUUGACUUGCUAAAGAGUGGUGUUAUUUGAACAUCAAUGUACGUUACAACCAAAUUGACAACCACAUUUUUAGAAAGAAAUGUGUGUAUUGGCACAGAAACCAAAGUAAUAGGGAAAGAAAGUAAAAUUAUAAUAGAGAAAUGAUAUUUGUACAACCAU